UCUUGGCCUUGAUGCCCGGAUGCCUGGACGUGGUUCUUAUCACUCGCCAAGGGACUCAACGAUUCCAUGACCCCGACUUUGUAGACUUGAGCGAGCUGUUGAGUGGCUUUCGGCUCUAUCUCACGGCUCUUCCAAGGGUACUCUGGCCAACACUCCGGGAAGAUCGGAGGGGCUACAUGACAACCAACAAGAAGCUGGCGGAUAUCCUUUGCAAACGUAUACGCGAAGGGAAUGUAGAAGAGGCGAAAGCGGUGGUGUGUUUUAUGUCUUGUUUAGAUACGUUUAGCUCCUUUGAGGUGCUCCCUCUGGUUCUAGCUGUGUCCAAGAACAUGGAAGAGCUCGUGGAGUUUAUGUGUGAAUUUGAGGUCGACGUGGAUCAAGUUGACUGGUUUGGUCAAACUGCACGAGCUCGCGCUACGGGAAAGAUUCGAAAGUUUAUCGACGAGAAAUACCCGGAUGCCCCGGAUGCUCCUGAAGGUUUGACAGUGAGCGCCCCUGAACCAUCAACGGUGAAAGUUUCUGGUCUCACUUCCGAAAAUCUCCGGAAACUGGUAAAGAUGGUCUCCGGAAGAAAGAUUGCCGCCUACUAUCUCCCUGAUGCAGUUGGAGAAAACAAUACAAUGUGUUUGCAGCAAUUGUUUCCUGAUGCAAGCGAUCCUGAUUCAUUACUUCGAGAGGUCAAAGCCACGCUAAUGUUAGGAGGAGACUAGAUGGCGGCAGUGCCAAGCAAUGAUAUACGCCAUAGCCAAUCAUGGACUCUUCAUCACUUGGACG